AAUUUCUAUAAACAGAAAAUCCACCUCUAACUCCAGGGCGUUACGGAAAAAGCCGAAGAAGAAGAGAUGAGCAGUGGAGAAGGGAAGACCGUGUGCGUAACCGGAGCGUCCGGUUACAUAGCUUCAUGGAUUGUGCAGCUUCUUCUUUCUCGCGGCUACACUGUCAAGGCCACUGUUCGUGACCCCAGUGAUCCAAGAAAAACGGAGCACUUGGUUACACUUGAUGGAGCUUCAGAGAGACUUCAGUUGUUUAAAGCAAACCUAUUGGAAGAAGGAUCCUUUGAUUCUGUUGUUGAAGGAUGUGAUGGUGUUUUUCACACUGCCUCUCCUUUUUACCAUGAUGUCAAGGAUCCACAGGUAGAGUUAAUUGAUCCUGCAGUGAAUGGAACUCUUAAUGUGCUUAACUCUUGUGUAAAAGUCCCUUCUAUCAAACGAGUGGUCUUGACAUCUUCAAUCGCUGCAGUUGCAUAUAAUGGACAACCCCGAAAUCCAGAUACAGUAAUUGACGAGACUUGGUUUUCUGAUCAAGAAUUCUGCAAGGACUCUAAGCUUUGGUAUGUGCUUUCAAAGACCAUGGCAGAGGAAGCUGCCUGGAAUUUUGCUAAGGAGAAGGGUAUGGAUAUUGUUUCUCUAAACCCAGCAAUGGUCAUUGGUCCUCUCUUACAACCAACACUUAAUACUAGUGCUGCAGCAAUUCUAAGUUUAAUUAAAGGAGCUCAAACUUUCCCCAAUGCAACUUUUGGAUGGGUUAAUGUCAAAGAUGUCGCAACUGCACAUAUCCUAGCUUUUGAGGUUCCAUCAGCUAGUGGUAGAUAUUGUUUAGUUGAGAGAGUCGCACACUAUUCAGAAGUUGUGAAAGCCUUAAGUGAGCUUUACCCCACUUUCCAGCUUCCUGAAAAGUGUAUGGAUGACAAGCCAUAUGUGCCAACAUAUCAGGUGUCGAAAGAAAAAGCGAAUGGCUUGGGACUUGAGUUCACUCCCUUAGAAGUUAGCAUCAAGGAGACAGUAGAAUCUCUCAAGGAGAAGGCCUUUGUUGAUUUCUGAAUCUGCUACCCAUGACACUCAAAUAAUAAAUAAAAGGAUCAUUUCUUGUUUUUGGUAACUAUUUUCUUGUUUCAACACUCCUUAACUUUACUAUAUUUUCAGUAUGCAUUUAUAAAAGGAUCAUUUCUUCCCAA